AUGUCUUUUCUUCACAAGCUCCCAAAGGAGCUGGUGCACGCAAUAUUCGAGCAGUUGAACUUCAAAGAGAAGCGCAGUGUCGUUCUGGUUGAUAAGUACCUCCACGACAUAUGCGCCCCCAGGCUCAGCAUAGGUUUGGGUCUGCUCGACAUGGACUGCUUCGACCUUCAGGCUCGUCGCAUGACUAUUGACUACCUCGCUCAACGCGCACACACUGCAGAGAAUCUUCUUAUCCACUACAAAUGGCCAGCUGAGGGAAGUGUACGUAACGCCGCAUACGAGAAGAACUUUGAGCGCAUUCUCGACAUAUACCGCGGAAGAUCCACGUCAAAGUUUGUCGGUUUCUCGGUUCCCACCGUCGUGGGCCCGGAGCCGUACUCAUCAAUCAAAACUUCUCUGAAAGCAGACACCUUGCCAGAGCGGUUUGUUCUGCCACGGAUCGAAAACUACCUCGGCGCGCCAACCUACAGCAUGAUGACACAGCCCACGGUCCUUGGAAGCGGAGCAAUCAUCAAGAUCGUGCAGACAGACGGCAAGGAACCCGACAAGCAGACAGAACUCUACGUUAGACCUUGGGCUUCACUAGACGCAGCUAGGGUUGCUACUGAGAAGGAAAACCGCACGGUAACGGAAGUGGUGAUCUUCGGCAACCGGGAAGCUGGACACAAUCCACAACGCAGCCUAAAGCGCUGGGAGGUCCUCAGACGGGACCUGGGGCUUAUGAACUUGUCAUCUGUGAAGACGCUCCGACUGUACAAUUGCAAUACUGUAACGCUCUCCAAGACUACCCUCCCUGCUAGUCUUGAAGCUCUUGCGUUCAUUGACAAUUGCGACGAUCCUGCAACGUUCCAGAAAUACAACCAAGGUCAUGCGUUGGAGCAAUUGGCAGAGGUGCAGAAGAAUACCCCAGGAUGCAAGGGCCUUGCAGAACUUGUCCACCUCCAACGGACAAUUAGACUCAACGAGGGUUACAGUACCGUUGAUCCUGAAAAGCUCAUAAAUUUUGUCAGGAAGCAGGACCGAAUUGCGCCGACGCUGAUAACGUUUUCAUUCCGCGAUGGCGAAGGCGACGUCGUCUAUCCCGAGCUCAAGCACUUCGCAGACAAGUCAAACAAGGUCAAAGCUUGGGGUGGCAACUGGAGUUACAUCAUCCCUGAGAACCACAACAUUCGAGCCAACUUCCAACAGCAUGCGACAGAUUUGGCGGAUUCGCUUAGUUUGAUGAACGACCUGGACACUGUUGCCUUUUUUACGCCCGGCUUGACCCAAACUUAUACCCUGCAUGACAUAUGGACUGAAAAACUCGCGGUUGGAAAGCUCCUGCACAUUUUCGACGAGGCGGGGUUGAAAAUACAAUGGGUGCAUAUUGUUCACCGCGCCAUCCGCAACGACUCCACAUGGUGGUCCACAAUAAGCCACAACGGAAUCACCUACCGUGCUGUGAAGGCAGACGAUGGCCAUGCAAGCUUCAGAGCGGAGGAAAUAGUCGAUCUCCCCGAUGAUGUCUUCGAGACGCGUUGGAAGCUUGGUGCCGACUUUGUCUCGACGUACGGCGACUAUGAACGUAGUCACUUGCGCGAGCUUAGUAUACUUCCGCAGCAGGUGGUUGACCAUACUCGCAAACGAUUGCAAAGGCGUGAAGAUGAGGAGGCACUGGCGCGGAAGAGGAAGUCCUAUCGGCAGCAUCGCGUGCGCCGAGUACAGAAGAGGAGCGCAGGAGACGAUGAGAGUUCAGAUAUCGAAGAUGGGGAAUGA